UAUUUGCGCUGUAUUGGUUCUUACGUCGUUUACAUUCCGAGAGCAGUUAGUCAGUGAAAGCUUGUUCACCAUUUCUGACGUACGUUUAAGAUGUGGUUAACAGUACUCGUGGUAAUAUUGAUUAUCGUUAUUUUACUGUACUUGGACACACUAAAGCCUAAAAAAUUUCCUCCUGGUCCAAAAUGGUUACCGAUUGUUGGAAGCGCUCUAGAAGUUAACAAAAUUCGAGAAAAGACCAAAUAUCUUUAUAAAAGUUUUAAGGAGCUAUCCAAGCUUUACAGUAAAGAUGGACACUUGCUUGGUCUGAAAAUUGGAAAAGAUCGUAUAGUAAUGGUAAACACCGUGGAAGCUAAUAAAGAAAUGCUUUAUAAUGAAGACAUUGAUGGACGGCCAAAAGGGAUAUUCUAUCAAACCAGAACGUGGGGUGAAAGAAAAGGCGUUCUAUUGACCGAUGGUGAACUUUGGAAAGAACAAAGAAAAUUUCUUAUUAAGCAUCUCAAGGAAUUUGGCUUUGGAAGAAAAGGUAUGAGUGAAAUAGCAUUUUCUGAAGCUGGUCAUAUGGUUAACGAUAUUUUGGAAAUUUUGGACAAUAAAGACAGUGCCAUACUUCCAAUGCACAAUUUCUUUAGCACUUAUAUUUUGAACACCUUAUGGACAAUGAUGGCUGGCAUUAGGUACAAGCCAAGUGAUCCUCGGAUGGUACUGUUACAAGCUAUUUUAUUUGAACUAUUCUCAGCAAUCGAUAUGGUUGGGUGUCCUUUCAGUCAUUUUCCUGUACUGUCCAUCAUAGCCCCGAAGUCGUCGGGGUACACGGACUUUGUGAGAAUACAUAAAAGAAUUUGGCAAUUUCUACGUGAUGAGAUAGCUGUGCAUAAAAUGAGAUUUGACCCUAAUAAAGAAGACAAAGAUUUUAUGGAUGUUUAUGUGAGGGCACUGAGGGAAUACGGCGAGGUUAACACGUAUUCUGAAGGACAAUUAGUUGCGACCUGCCUCGACAUGUUUAUGGCCGGGACGGAAACGACAAAUAAAAGUAUGAGUUUUGCUUUUAGCUACCUAGUAAGAGAACAAGAAGUUCAGAAAAAAGCACAAGAAGAAAUAGAUAGAGUUGUUGGGAAUCGACAGCCUUGCCUUGAUGAUCGACCAAACAUGCCCUACAACGAAGCAUUGGUACAUGAAUGCAUCCGUCAUUUUAUGGGCAGGACGUUUGGAGUACCGCAUCGAGCUUUACGAAAUACGACCUUAGCAGGAUACAACAUACCUCAAGACACGAUGGUUGUUAGCAAUUUUCCAAAUAUACUAAUGGACGAAGUUCUUUUUCCCGAACCUUAUAGUUUUAAUCCAGACCGGUUUAUUAGUAAUGGCAAGCUUUGUCUUCCUGACUACUUCUUUCCCUUUGGCCUAUCGAAGCAUCGGUGCAUGGGCGAUGUUCUAGCAAAAUGCAAUAUAUUCAUGCUGACAACGACUAUUUUGCAAAGUUUCUCAUUAUUACCUGCACCAGGGGAACCUUUGCCAUCUCUGGAACAUGUGGAUGGAGCUACAGCAUCAGCCGCGCCAUUUAACGCUCUUGUGGUACGCAGAAAAACUGAGUGAAUUUGUGAUACUUCUAAUACUUUUAACAUAAAGAAAUAACGACAUAUGUACUGUUACAUAAAGAAAUAUGUACUGUUUUCUUUUUAAAUAUAUGUUUUUAUCUAAAGCAUGAUUCAAACAAUACAAAGAAAUUCAAAUAAUGUCAGCAAAUCGAAAAUUCUCGAUAAAAAAUUUGAAAACCGAAUAUACGAUGAAGGUUAAUGCCUGUUAAUUUGCUUGAAACGAUACAUUGAAACGUAAUUUAAAUAGUCAAAAAACAAAGAAGAGAACUACGAGGCUAAAUUAUUAUUUUACAAAUUGUGUGUAACUAAAAAGAAAAUUAAGAUGAGGUUGUAUAGCAAGACACAUAUGUAACUUUUUACCUAAACGAAAUUUGUUAAUAAAUAUAUGGGCACCUAAAUAUGAUUGUAUCAAAAAUGGAACUUCAUAAUUGUAACGCGAUUGAAGUAUAAUCGGUAUUACGAAAAAUAUUUUACAGUAUUGUAUGAAUACCGAAAAUAAAACGAGUAUGUUGUCCAUCCCUAAUGCUGGUUACGUUGUAUCUUACCUUUAAUACGGUUUAAUGUUAUACUAAAAAGGCAAUAUUCAUAAGAUAUCUUAAGAUUAUGUUUAUAAGGUUACG